AUGUGGGCCUUAAUACGAAACUCUUUUGCCUCAGCUCGUCCUGCUCUCAACACUUCUUCUUUUCUCCAGAACCCCAUUCUUUCCCAGGUUCGGGGAAUGAAGGUCAAGUCUGCCGUUAAAAAGUUCUGCACCGGAUGCUACAUUGUCAGAAGAAAAGGCAGAACCUACGUUUACUGCAAGUCAAACCCCAAGCACAAGCAACGACAAGGUUAA